AUGACACAACUAUCGUCACUAAGACUGGCGGUAAAAUUACACGACAAGACGGCUCAUAAUGCUUUUGAACAAGCCACUGACAUCCUUGCAAACGAUUUGCAAGUAAACACCACUCUCACUCGACUUCAUCUUCGCAGCGAUCAAAUAUCCCAUAGAGGAGGUGAAGCACUAGCAGAAGCACUGAAAGUGAACAACACUUUCACUCAACUUGAUCUUGCAGGGAACCAAAUAUCCGACAGAGGAGGUGAAGCACUAGCAGAAGCACUGAAAGUGAACAACACUUUCACUCAACUUGAUCUUGCAAGCAACCGAAUAUUCGAGAGAGGAGGUGAAGCACUAGCAGAAGCACUGAAAGUAAACAAUACUCUCACUCAACUUGAUCUUGCAGGGAACCAAAUAUCCGACAGAGGAGGUGAAGCACUAGCAGAAGCACUGAAAGUGAACAACACUUUCACUCAACUUGAUCUUGCAAGCAACCGAAUAUUCGAGAGAGGAGGUGAAGCACUAGCAGAAGCACUGAAAGUAAACAAUACUCUCACUCAACUUGAUCUUGCAGGGAACCAAAUAUCCGAGAGAGGAGGUGAAGCACUAGCAGAAGCACUGAAAGUAAACAAUACUCUCACUCAACUUGAUCUUGCAAGCAACCGAAUAUUCGAGAGAGGAGGUGAAGCACUAGCAGAAGCACUGAAAGUGAACAAUACUCUCACUCAACUUGAUCUUGCACGAAACAGAAUAUCCGAUAGAGGAGGUGAAGCACUAGCAGAAGCACUGAAAGUAAACAAUACUCUCACUCAACUUGAUCUUGCAAGCAAUCGAAUAUUCGAGAGAGGAGGUGAAGCACUAGCAGAAGCACUCAAAGUAAACAACACUCUCACUCAACUUGAUCUUGCAAGCAACCGAAUAUUCGAGAGAGGAGGUGAAGCACUAGCAGAAGCACUGAAAGUAAACAACACUUUCACUCAACUUGAUCUUGCAAGCAACCGAAUAUUCGAGAGAGGAGGUGAAGCACUAGCAGAAGCACUGAAAGUAAACAACACUCUCACUCAAUUUGAUCUUGCAUGGAACCUAAUAUCCGAUAGAGGAGGUGAAGCACUAGCAGAAGCACUGAAAGUGAACAACACUCUCACUCAAUUUGAUCUUGCACGGAACAAAAUAUCGGAUAGAGGACGUGAAGCACUAGCAGAAGCACUGAAAGUAAACAACACUCUCACUCAACUUGAUCUUGCAGGCAACCUAAUAUCCAUCCGAUAG